AUGGUUUUGCAGUGGCACGUGGGGUCGCCGGUCCUGCUGAAAGCUGUGCUGGCCAUAGGCGUAUGCUUGAUUAUCUACAUUAGCCAACACCCCGCCCUCGACAGGUUCGAACAUCGGAUCUCGGUGCUUGAUCUCUCCCUGAAGCUUCCCAAGGGUGGGCUGAACUUUAGCAACAAGAGCGAUCACCAUGGCUUCUACUCCUCCGAGGCCGCCAGCCAGUUCUGCAAGCACCAUGGAUACCCCGUCUUCACGCCCCAGACGGAGUCCGGCCAGCGGAAAGUCUACGAUCUCUUCAUGGUGAACACGGAGCUUGACUGGAUGGAAAUCCGUCUCAACGUCACAUACAACUACGUCGAUUACUUCGUUAUUGUCGAGUCUCCCAAGACUUUCACUGGGAAGCCCAAGCCACUCACCAUUAAGGAAAACUGGGAGCGGUUCAAGCCGUACCACGACAAGCUCAUCUACCACGAGCUCGAGUUUCCCUCCACCUUCAACCCGCGUAGGUCUUGGGACUACGAGGACCUCCAACGGAACGCCAUGUAUUCCCAGGUCUUCCCCAAGCUCGUCGGCAGGCAGGCACCGGCAUAUGGGGACGUCAUCAUCGUAGCGGACGUCGAUGAGAUUGCCCGCCCCGAGACAUUGCUGGUGCUGCGGACGUGCCGGUUUCCCCGCCGCCUCACCCUUCGCAGCCGGUUCUAUUACUACAGCUUCCAGUUCCUACAUACGGGGCCAGAAUGGGAACAUCCGCAGGCGACCUUCUAUCAGGGCUCGCGCACGCUCCUGCCGGCGAACCUCCGGAUGGGUGACGGCGGAUUCAAGCCGCUUUACGAGCUCGAGAAAGCGGAUCUAGGAAACGCGUGCUGGCACUGCUCGAGCUGUUUCGCAACGGUCGAUGAAUUCCUCACCAAGAUGGCGUCCUUCUCGCACGAGUGGAUGAACGGCGAGAGGUUCCGCGACAGAGACCGCAUCGCCGAGGCCAUCAGGAGCGGAAAGGACUUGUGGGGCCGCGACGUUGACCAGUUCGUGAGGCUGGAGAACAAUACGGACAUGCCGAGCAUCUUGCUCGAGCAACCGCAGAGGUUUGGAUACAUGGUGAAUCGGGAUGGACCCUCGGCCGGGUUCACCGACUAUCCAUGA